UGUAGCUGCCACCUCUUCCACCACUUCUUGUUGAUAAAAAAUAAAAAUAUUAAAUUCUCCUGUCAAAAGUGACAAAACUCAAAACUGGCCAAAGUUGUGUUGGUGUUGUGUUUAUAUGAGUUGUGACGUAUUUCCAUUUAACGAUUUUAACAUACUGUGUGAAAACAGAAAAAAUGAAUAUGUAGGCUAAUUCAGGAUGUCUGAGCCAAGCGAAUUCAGACCUGUGUUAAAAAAACAUGGACAAAUAGUAAUCGAGGAUGUUCCUGGUCUAACUUUUUGUAAACCAAGAUUGAUACCGCUUAAGAGCUAUACUUUAGAAAAACUUGAGAAAAUACAGCAAGAAGCCCAAAAAGUACAAGAAGAUAUCAAAAAGCAAUAAAAGUUGAAGUUAUUAUUAUUCCAACAUGAGUUAUACACCAUUAGUAUCAACAAUAUUAUUGUCUUUUCUGUUAUCAGCUACUGUCUUGUAUCGUUAUGGAAAUUGGUUCAGACACCGUAUAUUUGUAACAUUGACUGUAUUAUUGGCUUGGUAUUGUAGUUUUUUGAUCAUAUUUGCACUUCCAUUGGAUGUUAUAUCAACUGUAUACCGUCAAUGUUCUGUACCUAACAUUACAAUUUUAAAUACUGAAGAUGAUGUUAAUUCAUUAGAGAUAUCCACUAAUGGUACAAUUGCCUGUGAACCACCUUGGACUAACUUACCAGAAAGGGUAUUCACGAAUUUAUGGAGGACUGUAUAUUGGAGUACACAGUUUUUAACAUGGUUAGUUAUGCCAAUGAUGCAGUCGUAUAUCAAAGCUGGAGAUUUCUCAAUAAAGGGAAAGCUAAAAUCAGCAUUAAUUGAUAAUGCUAUAUAUUAUGGUUCUUAUUUAUUGAUAUGUGGAGUUUUAUUAGUCUAUUUGGCACUCAAACCAGGAAUAGAUCUUGACUGGUCAAAAUUAAAAGCUAUAGCUUCAUCUGCGAGUAAUACAUGGGGUUUAUUUUUACUUGUACUUUUAUUGGGGUACGCAUUGGUCGAAGUACCACGAAGAUUGUGGAACAAAUCGAAUCACAGUCUAACUUUAACAGAAUCAUAUUUUAAAGCGGCCAAAUUGAGCUGCGAUAAAUGCGAAGCAGAGGAGACCGUUGAUGAUGUGCUAGAGUCUUUACAAGCGGUUUCUUUAGCGGUAAGACCCGGUCAUCCGCUUUAUCUAUAUUUAGAAACGAUAUUGCAAAAAGUUCCGACCGAAUUGCAAGAGCGUAUGAAGAGACGUCAGUUACCCGACGAUACGCCUACAGAUGCUCCUAGUGAAAAGGCUCUUAUCAGGCUGCACAAACAAACCAUAAAGUCCUUGCAAGUGCUUCAAAGAACCGAAACACAGUGGAACUUGAUGGUAGAAAAAGUUUUAGAGUUGGAAGACACUUUAAAAAAUCAAAUCGCCAGGGAUAGGGUGUUCAAGAGGACAUUCGAAAAACGGCAUAGUUGGUUUAAGAGAUAUAUUUAUACAUCGAGAAUAGAAUGGUAUUGGAAAUGCGUUCUUUACUGUUAUACGCAAAAAUUAUUGGCUAUAAUGGCAGGAGUGUUUUCGGUGUGCGUCGUUUGGUCCGAGGUGACCUUUUUCAAUGUCCACCCACCGUUGUCUAUAUUUGCUGUCAUUGUAAACGCUGCUAAACACAACUAUGAUUAUUUUACGAUAGAGAUACUCUCCACAAUGAUCAUACUGUACCUUUGCUACUGCGCGUUUUCAACUGUACUUAAAAUAAGAGUACUCAAUUUAUAUUAUUUGGCUCCGCAUCACCAAACGAACGAAUACAGUUUAAUAUUUUCCGGAAUGAUGUUGAGCCGUCUGACGCCUCCGCUUUGCCUAAAUUUUCUCGGCCUAAUCCACAUGGACAGCCACGUGAUCGAGAGUCAAGUCAUGGAGACAUCUUAUACACAGAUAAUGGGCCACAUGGACGUGAUAGGUAUAAUAUCCCAUGGAUUUAAUAUUUACUUUCCAAUGGCGAUAUUAGUAUUUUGCUUCGCCACGUACUUUAGCUUGGGAUCUAGAAUACUAUCUAUGAUUGGUUUCCAUCAAUUCAUAGGCGAUGACGAAAUGACAACCGACUUAGUGGAGGAGGGACGAGAGUUGAUUAAGAGAGAGAAACGUAGGAAGCAAAGACUUGAAGAAUCGUCUUCAAGAAGACGUGAAUACCAAGAGCGUUUUCCAUCAACGGGUAGAUUUAGACAACCUCGAAGCAGCAUUGAAGAUCGACAAAUGGACAACCUAGAAAACAGUCGUACUUCCUUACGGGACGCGCACGGUUUAGAUUCCUACAACGGUACCAGAUACACCUCGGAAGUGGACACUAGGUUUCCGCCUAACGAGGACGAGAUAGACGCGCGCUUCGGGGCCAGCACCAGGAUCAACGAACGUUUCUCGAAUACCAACGAAUUGGAUCCGAGAUUUUCCGAUAGUUAUCAAUUAGACGGUUUUUACAGGAACAGAGUGGGCGGAUCGCCUAGGGGAUUUUUCGAUGACGUAUAAAUGGUAAUCGCUUAAAUAUUAUGUAUAGGAAGAUAUUAAAUCAGAAAGAGAAGGCGAUGUUUUUCUUAAAUAGAUGCUUUACAGUUUUGAGAAAAAUAAUUGUAUAAAAAAAUAGUUAAAAUUUGUUAAAAAGCAUUCAAACAGGGUAAAGCGAAUAAAAAUUGAUUUAUUUAUUGAAAAAUAAGUACAAUUUUUAAUUUCACUACCCAUAUAUUAAUUUUUGUGCAUCCCAAUAAUGAUUUUACGAUAUGUUUGCAACUUGUUCGCACUCCAAAAUUGCAGCGUUGCCAUGUUGUGUCCGUUUUUAGAUUUUUUAAGAAAUCUCAAGGUAUUUGAAAUUGAUAAAAAUCGCGAUACGUAAUUAAUAAGAGCCUUAUUAAUGGAAAUAAAAGUAUUAUCGCUAACUAAUGCGAUUAUGGUUUGGGAAUUUUAAGGUUAUUCUAUUGACUGUACUUAAUUACCCAAAAUAUCAUCAUCAUCAUGGCAAUAUUAAUACAAAAAAAAAUUAUUUAGACAAUAUUGUUAUUGCACUAGAAUUUUUAGAGAUGCGAUUUGACUGAUGUGUAAUAUGACAAAAAUUGUCAUUAGAAAAAGCGAGUUUGCAUAGAGAAAAGGAAUGAAUUCCUUAUUUUUUUACCUAGCUGUUCAGCUUAAAGAUUUCAAUAUAGUCUUAAGAGCUGACCGUGUGAUGAUUACAGCAUUCGUCUGUUUUUUAAUGAAAAUAUAAUUUAAUAGGAAUCAUGAUUUUUACGUUUUGGGGUCCCCUGAAUCCGUUUUGACUAUUUUUGCGAUGAUGUGUUUGUAUACUCGAUGACUCAUGAAACGGAUACAGAGAAAACACAAAAUUUUAUAAAUUUAAGCUUUAUUCCGGUUUGCGGUGAAACGAUUUAGAUUUUGGGCGGAGUCGGAACAUCUAGGGGAUACUUUAUAGGGGGUCAUUUUUAUAUUUUAUGGAAUAUAUCUGUUAUUUACGCUUGGAGGGAAAAAUUCUUUAAAUAAAAGUUACUUCUAAUAUUAUUCUCUAUAAUGUUUGUUUCAUACAAAAUUUUCCUAAAAUGGUCCGUAUUCGAGAAAUUUGACAAAAUGUAAAAAAUUAAAAUUUUUAAGAAAAUUGUUCAAAUAAAAAUUGUUUGUAAUAUUAUUCUCUAUAAUUUUUGUUCAAUAUAAAAUUUCUUUAAAAUUGAUCGUAUUCGAGAUAUUUGAGAAAAAGUAAAUUUUUAAUUCUGAAGAAAACUAAAAAACGGAUAAAGAGAAAAACAUCAAAUUUUAAAAUUAGGCUUUCUUCCGACCUGAGGUGAACUGAUUAGAUUUUGGGCAGAGUCGGAACAUCUGGUGGGUACUUAUAGCGGGUCGUUUUUAAUAUUUCAUGGAAUAUAUGUUAUUUACGCAUGGAGAAAAAAAUUCUCCAAAUAAAAGUUACUUCUAAUAUUAUUCUCUAUGUUUGUUUUAUAGAAAAUUUUCGUAAAAUGGUCCGUAUUCGAGAAAUUUGACAAAAUGUAAAAAAUUAAAAUUUUUAAGAAAAUUGUUCAAAUAAAAGUUGUUUAUAAUAUUAUUCUCUAUAAUUCUUGUCCUAUACAUAAUUUCUCUAAAAUGGACCGUAUUCGAGAUAUUUGAGAAAAAGUGUAAAUUUAGAAUUUUGAAGAAAACUCAAAAACGGAUAAAGAGAAAAACACCAAAUUUUAAACUUAACCUUUCUUAUUGCAUGCGGUGAACUGAUUAGAUUUUUGGCAGAGACGGAACAUCAUGGGGGGUACUUUAUAAGGUUUUUGAUAUUUUAUGGAAUAUAUCUGUUAUUUACGUUUGGAGAAGAAAAUUCUUCAAAUAAAAGUUACUUCUAAAAUUAUUUUCUAUAAUUUUCGUUUCUUACAUUUCUUUAAAAUGGACCGUAAUGGAAAAAUUUGAAAAAAGUAAAAUUUCAAUUUUUCAGUAUUUUCGUUGGUAAUGAAUAUAAAAAAAAAGGUUUCAAGUAAAGAUGUAUGUGGAACAUGUAUAUAUAUAUUUAGUUUAUCCUCUAAACAUUUACAAAGGUGAUACACAAGGUUGUAGAAAUAGAAAGUCAAGUGUUUGAUACAUCAGACUUUAAUAGAUAAUUAUUGACAUAUAAAUACGGUUUCGUCAGGUUGCCUGUCAAAAUAUGACCGUAAGUACUUUUAAUUGAAAUUUAACUCGGACACCAGAAAAUCAAUUGAAGGGGUGAAUGAAUCUGACCCCUCAAGUAGUCAACUUCAGUUGUUUUAUCAGUCUGACUACGUUUAGCAGUUUUCGAUAUUAUUUAUAAUUGAUUGUUAAUCCUAUAUUCGAUUAUUAUUGAUUAAAUUUUAAAAUAAUUUUCAAAUAAAGUUAUUGCUCACAACAAUUUUUUCUUUAGAGUUGAAAAAAAGGCUAGUUUUUUUUGUAUUCCCUUUAAAAUCAAUUAUUUGAUUAAUCAAACGUUCCCGAUGGAAUUCGUAGACUUUUUCUAAUCUUUCUCCUUAAGUUCAGUGUGUGGGAGGUGUACGGUCCUCUCCUUCACCAGGAGAAGGUCUUCGAAAAGAAGAUCAUUAGGAAGCUUCCUAUCCCUUCCAGUAAUCAUCAUAGAUUGAGUAUAACUGGUUCAGAGCUUCGGUAAGCUAGCAGAAAUAGAGGAAUUAAAGUAUCCCAGUCAUUUUCUUCAAAACCAGUAACCGAAAUUGUUUGGAAAAAUAAAUUUCUUAAUUAAAAGUACUUACUUAUUGAAAAGAUAAAAAAACGGAUCAAUGCAGUAAUCACACGGUCGGAUCUCGUACUAUUAGGUAAAUAUGUGAAUGCAAGUAAAGUUUGUUUACUAUUAUAAUGUAUAAAAAUUAGAAUUUUAUACCUUUCUGCUGAAUACAUUUUAUCCUACCUUAAUUUGGAGUAGAAACAAUACGCGUAAGUUGUGUAAAAUUUUAGCUGCUUUAAGAUCAUUUUUUGUUGGAUCUCUCUUUAAAAAUAGUAUAGUAAGAGAAGAGACAUCUGCUAUUUUUAUUGCUUUGGAAAUUCAUAUUUUUAUUUGUUUAUAUCUUGCUCUUUUUCAUUAAAUUUGCGUUGAAAUUUGCUCUAUACCUUGAAGUAUUGGUCAAUGAAAUUGAAUAAUUAUUUAAAACAUUUCUCGAAACAUUCCAAAUAUUUUUUGAUUUAAUUUUAAUACCAUUUUCGUUAAGUUUUUAAUGUAUUAACAUAUUGUUUAUUUUUUAUAGUGAAGAUUAUAUGUAGUACGUUAUUUAUAUUUUUCGUUGUUUCCAUUUUUUUCUCUAAACGUAUAGGAAAUAAUUAAAUUGUUUUAUGUACAUAUUAUCCUUUUUUUUGUGAUAUUGUAUAUUUACCUAGUUUAUUUUAGAUUGUUGUUAUUCCUAAAUAGGAUAAUAGAGAUACCAACACUUACACUUUUCGAAGUUGUGUUCUAAACCUUUUUUUUUAAUUUAGAUUAAACUCAAUAUUGCAUUUUCAAUUUUAGUUUCUUUUUGGGGUCUAAAUAGUAAAUAAAUAACUUCUAUGUUUAGUAUUUUUAUAUGUAAGUAUAGUAUUUCUUCAAGAAUAUUUAAAUUAUAGCAAAUAAAGUAGUUUUUGUUUAUUUUUAGGCUUAUCCUUUGAGAAAUUAACAAUACAACUUACUAAAUCUAAGAUUAAAAUGAUUAAUAUCAAUGCUAUGCAUUAGUGAUGACGACGUAAAAAAAUUAACAAUCAGUCGCAAUUCAUUAUGUGUUUUUGAGACACUGUAUAAUAGUAAAAUAUAUUCUGAUAUCGUUAACGACAGAGCACGUCGCAAUCUAUUAUACAGUGUAUCCCAAAAAAUGUAUACACAUGAAAAAACAGAACUUUAGUUAAAUAAUAAUUUAGUAAUUAAUUCUAUAUAAACAAUAAAUAAAAAUAGAGGUUGUGCAAAUUUAAAUUCUAUUAUUUUUAAGAUUAUAUAAUCUUUAAACGACUUUCAAAAUAUAUUCAAAAAAACUCAACAAAAUUUUAUGUCAAAAUCAAUGCCAGAAUGGUUCGUUUUUGUUUAACUCACUGACGUCACACUAAUGGAGCGCAUUUAUAAAAUAAGUUCAAAGAUUAUAUACUAUUAUAACAGGAUAGAUUGGUUCCAUUUCUUAUAUAUUUUGAAAACGAAAUUAUGCGUAUGACGUCAUCGUAGAACCUAAACAUGCUGUUUGCCUUUGUUGUCCCUAUAUAAUUCUCUUGUUAAGUUUUUUUUUGAGACUUUAAUUCGUUUACUGUUUUGUGUUAAAUACUUGUAUUUUUAUUAUAUUCAAGGUAAACUCAAUUUAGUUAAGUUAUUUAGCAGUUUUAAAGUCUGGUAAGAUAUGAGAUUCGAAAGGUUCUGCGUGACGUCAUAUAUUGACUGGAAAUAUCGCAUUUCACAAAGAGAUUUGUGAGAAAUUAGGCUUUCCUAUUUUAAUAUAAUUCUAGUCAAGAUUUUUAUUUUGUUCUAAAAUGGAGUUGGUAGGUUUAUAUUAUUGACUAUUUACCUAGACCAAUAGUCAAUAUUUGGUUUAGUGAAAUAGUCGUCCUAAAUAUAACACGACCUUGAUUAAUAUUCUGCUAUUGCUAAAUUUCUCGAUUAUUUUACAAUUUGGUAUUAAAAUAUUCUUGAGAUUUAGACGCAACAAAAAUAGCUGACUAUUAACAAGGUCUUGAUAUAUUAACCUUGAAAAUUAGUAAAUCUUGUAGUAGGAUGAUUCAAACUGUUUAUACAUAUAAAAAGUAUAUUUUUAAAUAAUUUCUUAUUGCAGAUUUUUAGUAAAAACUCAUCCACGUUGUUUGCUAAUUUCUAGUCUUCUAUUUCAGAACUAUUUAAUUUAAAACUAGUUCCACUGAAUAGUUGAUUUUUUUAUUGAAAUCACUAAUAAACUGUAAAAUAUUAUUUAUGAUUCACUUUUGGCACUUAAAAAUGUUAAAUGUUACAAAAAACAUCAUUGUUCAAUUUAUGAAUGCAAAAGUCACUUAUUUAAGUAAAAUUUAAUUUGUAUUUAAUAAAUUCGUAAUUAUGAA